UGUCCGAGCUGUGAGCAUUAACGGAAAGUGGUUUUGAACUUGCAGAGUUUUCGUUCUGGCAUGGGGAUUUCAUCAGGAAUGGCCCUUUGAUCAUAAUGGGAAGAAGCAGUGGUAUCUCUUCGUGGCUGUGACUCAAAAUUGUGGUCGUGGCUUUAUUUUUUCAUGGAUUUAUUGACCUCGAAGUUGAGUCCGUUGGCGAAAUGAGUGUUCGGCCUUGUCAUUUUUUAUAGGUGGGGGAAAGAAAAUUCGAAAACCAGGUAAAAUCGCUUCCUAACGGCUUCAAACUCCGCCAAAUGAUAAAAGACACAACAAGUUAUCAAGGAUUGACGUCAUUUGGUAAUUGGUCCGUUAUAGUGACGUAAGCUGUUAUAAGGAUUCCCACUGUUAAUAAGAAAUAGCCCUGGUACUUAACUACAACUGGUCACUUUGUCUUUUGCAAGUAAGGCGACUAUCCCCGUCCUUCAGCUGUACUAUUCAGAUCCGUUUUCGUGUUGGAUGUGAUGGCACUUAAAGACAAUAAUAAUCAUGUUAACUGGUUUAUUGACGAUGAACCUAUCAGGAAUGCAGUUGUUGAUGUCAUUCGCUUUGCAAGCAUUAAAAAGGAACCAUCGUUCAUCAGUGAUGAUGAGAGCCAAGAGUCAUUAGUGAGUUCGCAUGAGCAUAACUCGGUUUUUGACAACGAGCCUGGCCAACAGACCCUGAUUGGUACAGAAACAAAGUUCAUUGCUUCCAUCGAAACCCACACAGACAAUGAGGCUUCAUCCCUCGCGUGUACACAGGUCAGCAGAGCUGGAAGCAGUUCAUCUUUCAGAUCCAAGGUACCAAGUGGUGCCGUGAAGAAUGCUUGGGGGAGUUCAUCGUACUCCGAUCUCAUCACAAUGGCAAUCUUGUCGUCUCCUUCCAAAAAGAUGACUUUACAAGAGAUUUAUGAAUGGAUUGGGAACAACAUCCCUUACUUCGGUGACAAGAAGGACGUGCGUACCACUGCUGGAUGGAAGAACAGCGUUCGCCAUACACUGUCCAUACGAAAGAAAUUUAUACGUCUUCCCAACUAUGAAUUAGGUAACAUCAACUACAAGAGCCAAUGGACUAUUAACCAAGGAGUUAACCCUCCAAGAAAGCACAAGAAAAUCUACCAGGGUAACCACAUCAGRGCAGUAGGCRUACCUGCAUGGAGGAGGCAGAAUGACGUUGUACCCUGGCAAACGGGUUCUCCACCAGUACUGCAGAAUGUGUACUGCUCACACUGCGGUCACGCAAGUUUGAUUUCAACAAGCAAUCAGUAUUACCAUCACGCAGAGGACACCUACCACGGCGUCAUCAAUUUGUGAGAAAUUGCUAAAUUUUCGUAGUUAUAGGAAA